AAACAGGGAUGUAAUAUCAUCCAGACAUAGACUUUUUUUGAUUGUGACUUCUAUUAUAUUCCUGGAAAUCACAGCACAUCAGCCAGCAUCUUAGACUCUUCUCUUCUUGUCUGGGUUUUUUUUUUUUUUUUUUUUAGAAAAACAAAAACAAACAACAAACAACAACAACAAAAAAAGACAUUAAAAUGAGCUCUUAUUUUGUCAAUUCACUCUUCUCCAAAUACAAAACAGGGGAGUCUUUGCGCCCCAAUUACUAUGAUUGUGGGUUUGCUCAGGACAUAGGAGGCAGACCCACUGUGGUGUAUGGACCUAGUGCUGGAGGAACCUUUCAACACCCUUCUCAAAUUCAGGAGUUUUACCAUGGAACGUCCUCCCUCUCCUCUCCUCCUUACCAGCAGAAUCCUUGCGCUGUGACCUGCCAUGGGGACCCAGCAAGCUUCUAUGGAUAUGAACCUUUGCAAAGACAGAGCCUCUUCAGCACCCAGGAGUCUGACAUAGUACAAUACACUGACUGCAAGCUAGCCUCUUCUGGCCUCGGGGAGGAAGCUGAAAGCUCCGAGCAGAGUCCUUCUCCAAGUCAGCUCUUCCCAUGGAUGAGACCACAAGCAGCUGCUGGUCGCAGGAGAGGGAGGCAGACCUACAGCCGAUACCAGACCUUAGAAUUGGAGAAAGAAUUUCUCUUCAACCCAUAUCUGACCCGCAAGAGGCGCAUCGAGGUGUCUCACGCCCUGGGACUCACUGAGAGACAAGUCAAAAUCUGGUUCCAGAACAGGAGGAUGAAAUGGAAAAAGGAGAACAACAAGGACAAGUUUCCCAGCAGCAAAUGCGAGCAGGAGGAAUUAGAGAAACAGAAAAUGGAGAGAGCGCAGGACACAGAGGAAGGCUUAGAUGGACAAAAGGGAGAAAAAAGUAAUUAAUCUGGACUUGUGAGUCAACACAGAGUGUCUCUCUGAUUCUCCCAGCUUCCAUGAAACGUUCUAGGAGAAGGACACAGUGUGGCUACCCUAGAUCUGGCUGUACCCUUUCUCUGUAUCCCAUCUUAUUUGAUACAUCAAUUACCAGAAGCCCCCCCAUAAGACCAGUAAAGGCUGCUGUUGUCUUUUUCCUUUCCCAGUGGUGGGGUGGAUCAGGAUGGCUGGCUGGGGGGGGGAUGACUUUUUAGUGUUUGUGUCUAAUGCAAUAGCUUUUUGUGGAAUCAUACCUAU